CAAGAUACUGGAAGUAAACAAAAAUAUUACGUUCACAGUCAUUUUUAUUAGACUUUUAACUUCGUACAAGCCUUAAUUGAUAAAGUGGUCAGGUUUUGGAAACAAUAUGGGAAAUAAAGUCACAACUUUUACUGAAGAUCAGCUUGAAGCCUAUCAGGAUUGCACAUUUUUCACCAGGAAAGAAAUUUUGAGAGUAUUUAAAAGAUAUCAAGAAUUAUCACCAGAUUUGAUACCAUUCAAUAUGACUGGAGAUGAAAGUAGAAAAAUCAAACUUCCUAGUGAUGUGAUAGAACAAAUGGCAGAAUUAAGUGAGAAUCCAUUUAAGAGUAGAAUUUGCCAAGUAUUUUCUGAAGAUGGAAAUGGUAGCUUGUCCUUUGAUGACUUUCUGGACAUGUUUUCUGUGUUCUGUGAAGCUGCACCAAGAGAUAUCAAAACUGCUUACAGUUUCAGAAUCUAUGAUUUUGAUGGUGAUAGCUAUUUGAAUAAAGAAGAUUUAGAGAAAACCUUAAAGAAUUUAACUAGAGAUGAGUUAACUACAGAUGAAGUUAAUUUUGUUGUGGAUAAGGUUUUAGAAGAAGCUGAUCUAGAUGAUGAUGGCAUGUUGUCUUAUAUUGAAUUUGAACAUGUGAUUUCUCGAGCUCCUGAUUUUCUCAACACGUUCCAUAUAAGGAUAUAG